AAAGACAAAAGUCAGGAAAGAGUUAAACCAAACCAACCAACACUAACAACCUUCUUUGAAACUGUCAGCAAUCCAAAGCCCAAAACACCCAAACAUAUUAUAUUUGCAUUGUUCCGAAAACAGAAAGGCAAGAACAACAAAUUUUCUUUCACUUUCUUUCAUUUUCUUGGCAGGAAAGAACAUUGAUUUUCUCUCUCUCUCGGGCACAAAUGCCGCAAGAUCAGAGAAUUGUUAAAGCCGUUGUGGCCACAGCUGCAAGUACUCUACUUAUUGCUGGGAUCAUAUUCUUGAUAAUCUACAAACUAGCCAUGGCUCGACAUCGGCAAAGAAAUAAAUUAAAUUCAAGUUUUCGUCGAGAAGAGAUGGUGGCAAGUCAUCAGGAGUACAGGCAACAAAGGGGAACCCUGAAAGGAUUGAUUGUUGAUGAGAACGGGCUGGAUGUGCUUUAUUUGAGAAAAGUUGAACGAGGACAACUUACGAGUUGUUUCUCUAGAGUUUGGAUUAAUCCAAUGGAAGAAGAGGAAGAAGAAGAAGAAGAGAAGAGGAUUGAUGCUAGAAGCGAUAAAUCCAAGAACUCCGAAGGAAUUCAGGAAAUUCCGUUGCUUCGUGAGCCGUGGAAUACAGCUGCUCUUGCCGAAGUGCCAAAACCAGUACUACUGCCACGGUGGCCUCUUCUGCCACAACCUCCUCAGCCUCCUCCUCCACCUCCAACGGGGCCAAGGAAGCACAGCCCACCACCACCACCUCCACCUCCACCUCCACCACCACCACCGCCGCCGCCGCCUCCUCUUAAAAAAGUUCCCACACCACCUCCCAUGCCACCGAUUUCAGCAAAGAGAAACCCUGCUCCACCACCUAGGGCAGGUGGCUUGGUUUCAUCAUUGAAACCCCCUCCUGUACCAAGGGGGAAGACAAGCAGCAAUAGCAGGGGGGAGGCAUCUUCCAUUGGAGAAAGCACAAAAGGGACAGGUGAUUUCCAGAUGAAACUGAAGCCGCUGCACUGGGAUAAGGUUGCAGCCAACGCUGAUCAUUCAAUGGUUUGGGAUGAGAUCAAUGAUGGAUCAUUCCGAUUUGAUGAUGAUAUGAUGGAAGCUCUAUUUGGAUACACUACUACCAAUCAAAAACCCACUGAAAGCAAUAAAAUCCCAAGCUCAACCACUUCCAACCCCGGUCUGCCAACAAAAAAUUUCAUCCUCGAGCCUCGGAAAUCCCAGAAUACAGCUAUAGUAGUCAGAUCUCUUGCAGUAUCUCGCAAAGAAAUUCUUGAUGCCCUCCUUGACGGCCGAGGCCUUGACUCUGAUAUCCUCGAAAAACUCACGAAAAUUUCCCCAACCCAAGAAGAACAAUCCAAAAUCCUUCAAUUCAAUGGCAACCCAACAAAACUCCCCGAUGCUGAAUCUUUCCUCUAUUACAUACUGAAAGCUAUUCCCUCGGCAUUUAUCCGUUUCGAUGCAAUGCUUUUCAGGUCAAACUACGACUCUGAAAUCCUGCAUCUCAAGGAGUCCCUGCAAACCCUCGAAUUAGGUUGCAAGGAAUUACGGAUUCGUGGAAUCUUCUUUAAACUUCUUGAAGCAAUUCUCAAAGCUGGUAACCGUAUGAAUGCUGGAACUGCCAGAGGGAAUGCACAAGGCUUCAACCUCAACGCUCUUCGAAAACUGUCCUACGUGAAAAGCACUGAUGGUAAGACUACUCUACUUCAAUUUGUCGUGGAACAAGUAGCUCGGUCUGAGGGUAAACGUUGUACAAUCAACCGAAACCAUAGCCUUGGAAGAAGGGGUAAUCAAGGUAACAAUGAUACUGACCUAAAUUCUGAUAGCAUCAUAGCCAAGGAAGAUAGAUACAGAGAGUACUUAAUGUUAGGGUUACCCGUGUUAGGAGGCUUAAGUGUUGAAUUCUCUAAUGUAAAGAAAGCAGCCACCGUAGACUAUGAUAGUUUCGUUAAUAUGUCUUCGAAACUCACGGCUCGAGUUGCCGAGAUUCGGCAACUUGUGAUGAGCUGUGGGAAUGGCGAAAGAGGUGGAUAUGUGAGGGAAAUGAAAGGCUUUUUAGAGGAAUGCGAGGAAGAGCUUAAAGUGGUUAGGGAGGAACAAACAAGGGUAAUGGAGCUAGUGAAGAGAACGACGACAUAUUACCAAGCAGGAGCUUCCAAGGACAAAGGGGCGCACCCACUGCAAUUGUUUGUUAUUGUGAAGGAUUUUCUUGAUAUGGUCGAUCAAGUUUGUAUUGACAUCACAAGGAAGGCACAGAAGAGGAAUGUGGCAAGUGUAGGAUCAUCACCGCCACCAUCAUCGCCCACAGGAACUCCAGUGAGAUUCCAAAAUUUCCGGUCAUAUUUUAUGUCAGAUAAGCCUGAGACAACAUCUUCUAGCGAAUCAGAGGAUGAUUUCUGAAGAUAGCAUGUCAGCAGAAUCCAGUAGAAAAUUGAUUAAUGCAUAACUCGGUGUGUGUAUGUGUGUGUGUGUGUGUGUGCGUGUGUGGUAUUAUUAAGGUGAAAGAGUACGUUAUACUGAAACAGAAAGAGGUUGAUGAUGCCCGAAUUUUUUUCUUCAACUUUUCUUACUAGAAAAAGAAAAAAAGAAAGAAAGAAGUCAAUCAUUAGAAGUAUGAAUGAAAACCUAUGUUACAAGAAUUUUUCUAAAUUUGUUAAGUAUGUGAACACUGGACACUUGGACAAUAGUAUCGGAUAUCUAAGUAUCCGUUAAGGUCAUUGCUCUUCGUUAACAAACUGUAUUUUCUAUACCCUAACAUCAGAAAGAAAGAAGUUCCUAAUUGGGGACUGAGCCUACUGAUACCA